CUCGGCCCUUUAAACCUUCCAGGGCUGCUCCGAGGGCCGCAGCCAGAGACGGCGCCACGCGGGGCCGAGCAGGGCGCGGCGCUCCGGGGAGGCCUGGGCCGCUGAUGGUUUUGGCGAAGUACCUUAAGGUAGCUGGGCCGGCCCCCUCUUUCCCACCUACCUCUUGUCCUUCCCCCCACAUCACCACCACCCUGGCUCCCCUCCCUCAUGACCGCCUGGAUCCUCCUUCCUGUCAGCUUGUCAGCAUUCUCCAUCACUGGCCUAUGGACUGUGUAUGCCAUGGCCGUGAUGAACCGCCACGCAUGCCCUGUGGAGAACUGGUCCUACAACGAAUCCUGCUCUCCUGACCCUGCUGAACAAGGGGGCCCCAAGACCUGCUGCACCCUGGAUGAUAUCCCCCUCAUCAGCAAGUGUGGCACAUAUCCCCCAGAGAGCUGCCUCUUCAGCCUCAUUGGCAACAUGGGUGCUUUCAUGGUGGUCCUGAUUUGCCUGCUGCUCUAUGGGCAGCUCCUGGAGCAGAGUCGUCAUUCCUGGGUUAAUACCACAACGCUCAUCACAGGCUGCACCAAUGCUGCGGGCCUGGUGGUGGUCGGCAACUUCCAGGUGGAUCAUGCAAAGUCUCUGCACUACAUCGGAACUGGUGUGGCCUUCCCUGCUGGCCUGCUCUUUGUCUGCCUGCACUGUGCUCUCUCCUACCAUGGGGCCACUGCCCCCCAGGACCUGGCUAUGGCCUACCUGCGGAUUGUGCUGGCAGCCAUCGCCUUUGUCACCCUAAUCCUCAGUGGUGUCUUCUUUAUGCAUGAGAGCUCUCAGCUGCAGCACGGGGCAGCCCUGUGCGAGUGGGUGUUUGUGAUCGACAUCCUCAUUUUCUACGGCACCUUCAGCUAUGAGUUUGGGACAGUUUCCUCAGAGACACUGGUGGCUGCCCUGCAGCCUGCCCCUGGCCGGGCCUGCAAGUCCUCCGGAAGCAGUAGCCCUUCCACUCACCUCAACUGUGCUCCGGAAAGCAUCGCCAUGAUCUGAGGCCUGGGGAGGGUGGCUGGCCCAGCCUCAGCAGCUACCCACCUCAUAACUUUGCAUUUAUCUUGUACCAAAAACAAUUUUGAGAAAGUAUUUUGUUGGGAUAUGGGUUUCCUUGCUGCUGGAGGAACGGCCAUCCCAUACCCACCUGUGCUAUAGAAGAGCAGGCCUGGCUACUGCCUGGGCCACACGCAACCUACUGCUUGACUCUGCAGUGUUUUAUGUUUAAAGGUCACAUAUCCUCACUCACCCAGCCAGCCCUUCAGGUGCCUUCUACUCCCCAGUGCCAAGGCAACACCACUGGGGUUUCCCGCUGCAGGAAUUGGGGGCUGGAAACAGCAAGAGGGAUAGAAGUCAGGGAAUAGAAGGGGGAGCACUCCUUAGUCUGUGGGAAGGCCCACUUUUGGGCCCACUGAGCUGCACUGGGAUUCUUCACUCGGCCCCUUACUUUCAGGCAAAUAACAUAGCAGAACCACGUGGGUAUUUUAAUACUUUUUUUUUAAUCUAUUAAAAGAAUUCUAAUUUGCA